AUGUGGCCUCAAAGCACCUUCUUCAUGGCCUUGCCCCAUGUGGGGCCCAUUGUGGGCUGGUUGUUUGCAAAACAGUACAUGCCCAACUGGUAUGGGACCCUGAAAAAGCCACCCUGGUGGCCACCCAACAAGCUCUUCCUGAUUACAUGGACUGCCAUCUACUCCACCAUUGGCUAUGCCUCCUAUCUAAUCUGGAAGAAUCUGGGUGGGGGCUUUGGUCGGCCUCUGGCCCUGCCCCUUGGUCUCUAUGCUGCCCAGCUUAUCCUCAACUGGAUCAUAUUGCUUCUCUUCUUUGGAGCCCACAACCUUGGUCUGGCCCUAUGCCACCUGCUCCUGCUCUUUGGAUUGGUGCUAGGCAUGGCACUGAGCUGGCACUCCAUCAAUGGCCUAGCUGUCCUGCUCCUGCUGCCCUACCUGGCCUGGCUCACAGUGACCACUUCAUUGGUCUAUCGUCUAUGGAUAGACAACCCCAGUUCAGAGCCACCAUCCCAGCCUUAUUUCACAGGAGGGAAGAUAGACUGA